GAUCCCCAAUUUACCAUCAACCCUAAUUUCCUCUUCUGUGUUCACGACUGCUUGGCUAUUAUUCUCAGGUCUCAAAAAAACCUUACGUCUCACAAACAGUAAGCAUCGGGUUUGAUUUCAAAAGUUUUGGGGUCUCGUCGCAGUAUAAAUUACACCAUAAAGGAUGAAGAGGGUAUGGAGAAUCCCGGAGGGUUCCCAGAUGGGAGAAGCAAUUCUUGGAAGAUCUUGUGAACAUUAUACAAAACCUCCACCCUCAAUUGCACGAGGAGUAGCAGGCGAGGCACAUUCUUCUCCACCCGCCUGGCCACAGGUAUUUGCUUUGUUUGCGGACAGGUGGAGUCACGCUGAUUCGUUGGUCAAACAGGAUAUGAAAGAAAGGGUUUCACAUUUAAAGGAUGAGUUGCUAACCUACAGUGGUGAUGCUGGAAAGAUAGAGGAAAUAUUAGCGGAUAGAGGGGUUUCGUUGUUUAGGAGGUAUGCAGAUGGUUCUGCUGUUGUUGAGCUAUUAAACCAGCUAAAAUCUUCGCCCCGAUUAGCACUCCAGGCUUUUGACUGGAGAAGAAGAAAACUCGAUUACUGGACUCCCAUGAAAGCUGAGGAGUAUUCCAAAGCUAUUGUUGUGGCUGGAAGGUUAAAGAAUGUCGAUCUUGCAGCCGAACUAUUCAAGGAGGCUUCCAACAAGCAACUUAAGUCGACCUCGUUAUAUAAUGCCCUUAUGAGUGCAUAUAUGUUCAACGGUCUGGCUGUGAAGUGUCAAUCCAUAUUUCGGGACUUGAAGAGGGAAGCAACAUGUACUCCAACUAUUGUCACAUACAACAUACUUAUCUCGGUGUUUGGAAGAUUAAUGCUGACAGAUCACAUGGAGGCAACCUUACGGGAAAUAAAUGAUUUAAAUAUCUGCCCAAAUGUUAGUACGUACAACUCUUUAAUUGCUGGGUAUAUCACAGCGUGGAUGUGGGAUGAUAUGGAGAAAACUUAUAGAAUCAUGAAGGCAGGAAGUAUAAAGCCUGAUCUUGCUACCCAUUUGUUGAUGCUUCGAGGAUAUGCAAAUUAUGGUAAGUUGGAUAAGAUGGAAGAAGUCUAUGAGCUUGCCAAAGGUCAUGUUGAUCAGUAUGGAAUCCCAUUAAUUCGAUCGAUGAUAUGUGCUUACAGUAAAAGUUCUGACGUAAAUAAAGUUCAAAAGAUUGAGGAAUUGAUGAGGUUGAUUCCUAAAGAUGAUUACAGGCCUUGGCUGAAUGUCAUUUUGAUACGUUUGUAUGCAAAGGAGGAUUUAUUAGACGAGAUGGAAAAUUCGAUAAAUGAGGCAUUUGAGCGUAACACAUCUGUCACUAGAGUUGGUGUUAUGCGUUGCAUCAUUUCAAGUUACUUCCGAAACAACUCAGUGGACAAACUUGCUAAUUUUGUUAGCCGUGCAGAAUGUGCUGGUUGGAAAAUAUGCAGGUCCCUUUACCACUGCAAGAUGGUUAUGUAUGCAUCACAAAGGCGACUCAUUGAAAUGGAGAGAGUUCUUAACGAGAUGGAUAACGUAAAUUUGGACAUCUCAAAGAAAACGUUUUGGAUAUUACUUAAAGCCUACACAACUUGUGGGGAAAAGGAUAAACUUCAUCAAGUCUUGGGUAUGAUGUGCAAGCAUGGAUAUGGAAUUCCUAUGAAUGGAUGAAGGUGGUUGUUCAAAUUUUGAUUUCGUUUCAUCAUCGUUCUAUGACGGCUAACCAAUUACGAUGUCUACCAAUGGCGUUUGCUGGUUCGUUAUGUGAUACCAUCUGCAUUUUCCUCCAUAUUUAUCCUUGUACUAUUUAUUAAAUUGUAUAGUCGGAUCUUCUCAGGUGGAAAUAGCAAUGAGGGCUGACGGGAAGCCUGAGAUGUCUGCUGAGGAGGUGGAAAUUCAUAUUUAUUCUUUCUCUAAAAAAAGAUAGAAGAAUCCACCACUUAGCGCUUCAGAGGAAUUUUUUUCCAAUAUUUCUCUUUUUUGUUCCGCUUUUCGCAGGUGUUGGACUUUGUAUCCCGCUAUUUGCCAGCAUACAAGGCUUACCUUCCUACACUACUCAGAAGGACCUAGUGGCUCGGAUCCGGAGCAUGUUCUUCUCAUUGAUAUUGAUGAAGGGAGAAAUCCCAUACUCAGGUUGGUAAGAUAAUUCUGCAGUUACGGAGUUAACUUUGAUCCUUAGAUUAUUAUGCAAAGAUUGGGGACCCUUGCAAGCAUCAUUUUCUGCUGAGGAUCUCUUCAAUUGUACAUUCAAAUGCAUUAUUGUAAAUUAAGCCAUAUGUGAAGGUAAAAUAUUUGAACAAAAAUUUUGGCUCCAGUUACUUUGUUAAAUUUAGACCCUCACAAGCAUAUUCUUUCCCCCUGAGCGUGUCCUCAGUUGUAUGUUCAAGUUUAAUACUGCAAAUCAAGCCAUAUGUAAAGGUGAAAAUGUUGAUUAUUUUUGUUGUUUAAUUAACUUUCUUUUGACUGUUAAUAACUUAUAUUUGGUGCAAUGUCCAAAAUGGAACUGUAUUUGCUGUAUCUUUUAGCUUUUUUGUUCUAGCUAUUUGUCUACUUUUUAAUAACAUGAGAGCAGCUUUUGUGAGUUUGGUAUGAGAGAGCUCAUGUUCCACGGAAAACAUUCUUCAUCAAAAUGGAGAAAACGUCUUCCCUCACUUAUGAGCAUUAAAGCCAUUAUUAUUCUUGCAAUUUGUUGACGAUCCAGUUACUACUUAAGACAUUAUUGAGCUUUUAAACCGCACAAAGCGUUGAUAAGUAAGAAGAUUUACAGUGGAGAAUAACAAACAGGGAAGCAAGGAAUUCAUUACAUAACAAGUUUAUUCAACUUCACAGUUUGAAAUAUACAGUGGGAGGUAACAGAAGAAACAAAAGAGUAGAAAAACAGGGGAACAAAUCCAAUUUCAGCUUUGCUGCUAACAUAGAGCAACAUACAUAGGGUUGGCUUGGCAUGUCUAGGAGGGACAUCAACAGCAGCAGAGCAUGUCCAGACAGCAUUCGCAGGCCUCGAAGCAACA